AAGGAUAAUAAUAUUUGGACACCAGUUUGUAAUAUCCCUUUGGGCUUUUACUAAUGAAACCUUUAGGCGGACAAAAAAAAAUCAAACUGAGAUUAAACCUACUUUAAUUCUAUGUAUUACGUACGGGUGUUGGUUUUAUAUCAAACUCGGCAAUCAAUACAACCUACAUGAAGAUAACCUAAAGAUAAACUCCCUUUGAAAUCUGUUGAGAUAGGAUCUAGAAGUAGAUAAGUCUUCCUAUUAUAUUGGAGAUAAUGCCAUGUAUAUUUAGAUAAGUACACACAUUAUUUGGGUUUUAUCUUGAGUCGUUGUAGGUAUAUGUAUAUAAGGAGGUCUUCUCUGUGAAACAAGAUACUUUUCCAAAGCUCUUUACUAGUUUACAUGGUAUCAGAACCUACCCUAUAAACUCCAUUUGAGAAAAUAUUCACAGAAUAACUACGGUUCAUAGUUUUUUUAAAUCAAAACUUACACUUUUGAAAAGUCUAGCAAGGGGCUUAAGCAUGUAAAAUAUCAUGCCGUCUCAAACCCGAUCGAAGUCCCAAAAUUUUGGUCUUCGAGUGAUCAUAUGUUUGUUUGUAGACUAUCAAUCAAUUUUACUGGAGACCUUUUUUGAAUCUUUGAAUAAAAGAACUGGAGUGCCGUGCGAAGAUUAAUAGGGGUUCAAGGCAAAAUUUUAAAACUAAAGUUUUAUUAAUAAAAAUUGUUAUACUUUUUGUUUAUAAACCUAUCGCAAACCAGAUGUAUAUAUGACCCCAUAGAUUAUAAGGCAGUUUUCGUAUUAGAAAUGCCUAAUUCAGAAAAAAGAACAGUUAAGCAAAAAAAAAAAUCAAUUUUGAGAUAUAAACAUUAAAAAUUGCUCUUAAAACCACUAUAUUAAACCAAACAUAUACAAAAAUGGGGGCCCCAAAAUGUUAAUAUAUUAGUGGGACCUGUGGCGUUUUGGCAACAUGGUAGUCACGCCUCUGUGGACUAGUCUAUUAUCUAUUUGGUUAGUACACCAUGGAUCAAUUUUUAUUAGGGAACUUUUAUGAAUCUUCGAAUAGAAAGACCGAAUCGCACCUGCCAAGAAGUGCAUCAGCCAGUCCCUUCCUCUCGGCUAAAGUCCAUAUUAUUUGAAAACCCAUACCGGGCAGUAGAGAUGGCAAUUUGGGAAACAAGAAAAAAUACAGCCAUAUUGGAUGUCGAGUGAAAAAAAAUCAAGUUUCGGCCUGAAAAUUUGCAUAUGGAAGUCAGUUAAUCAUCUCACCUACAGAAUAACCUCAAAUCACAUCAUAAAUUAUAACUCAACGCUCAAUCUUGUGUUCAACUUUUGGCCCCAUCAAUCGGUGGAGCCUCAUUCAAUAAUUAUAUACGAUCCUGAUGACAAAAAAAAAUACAAUCCUACAUCUCUUUGUAAUUGUAUGAUUUUUGUUCUCUUUCUAUUUUCAACUAUUCUUCAUGCAUUCAUAUUUACUUCAAAAUGUUGAAUGUUAAAAAAAAUGAAAUAUUGUACCCAUAUUUUAUAUAUAGAAUUGAAACCUAAAGAAAAUUUCAAUGAUGAUCAUGUAGAUUAUACCAAAUUUACUAAAGAAUUACACCAAAUGUUCAGUUCAAAACAAAAAUUAUACUAAAUUUCAAUGAUGAUGAUGUAGAUUCAUUUUUUAAAACGUACAGUCUAAAGAAAAUUUAUUUUCCAAGAUUUCGUAGGCAAUUGUAUCCCAAUAAUUUGGAAUGUAAGAACUAUAAUAUUGUUGAGUACUGAACUACUGAUAAAUUCAAAAUAAAAAUAUCAACUAAAAUAAAAUUUGCUAUUUUAUCGUACAUCACAUAUUUUCUAUUUUACCAAUCCUGUUUUAUUUUAUUAUAUCUCAGCAAAAAUUAUAGCUACAGUCAAGAUAAAUACAUAAAAAGUCAGUAAUAAAUUUAAUAUUACCACUAACACACCUAUAACACAAAUUUAUCUUAUCUGAUUUCUUAAUUUAUAUACUUAAACAUCAUUUUAGAUGAAAUAGGAAAGAGUAUAUAAGGUUUUAAAAUUAUAUGUUUUCUCAGUUAAAAACUUCAACCGUAUGAACACACCCAGAUUCUCCAACUCCAUAGACGUCAAAAAUAAAGCUUAAUAUUUCGGUAUGGAGAAAAGUGAAGAUGAAAGGAAAAAGAAAAUGAACAAAACGUCUAAGCCUUCUACAUUAUUUAAUGACAAAAAAGUAACACGAGAAUAAUGCGUUUGGAUAAUUAUUAACGACUGAUUAGAGAAGUAAUGGUAUCAAAAGCAUAUCCUCUAGAAUCUUCUAGUUGACCAACGACCUGAGUCCACAUGGCAGCCUCCUGGUCUUUCCGAAGACACCGUCCUUGUCUCAUUCUUCACGUUUGCUUAUAAACACACGAAAGAGUAGUAGUCGUCUCUCUGUAUAAUAAUAUUAUCAAACCAUAUCGGCGUUGCUCACCCACCUGAUUUCUCUUCUACUUUCACACACAACUCGUGUCGUCUUUUCAAAACAGGACAUAGUUAUUAUAAAGGGUUUAUUUGUUUGUCUCGGGUUUGUGGGCAGGGUGAAAAUGGAGAACAAGAACAAUCGUGGAAACGAGGAUGGUCCAAAACAUAGCCAAGUGGUGAAGAUAAAGAGAGAAUUUGAGAAGAUAAGUCAGCCAUCGCUGCAUCAACCGGAGAUGAGAAGGGUCCUUUCCGAGAUCAAGAGGAGUCAACGUUCACGUUCACCACUCGGCUUAGGAGAGAGAUCUAUUUCCGUUGGCAACUAAUGAUCGUUUGCCUUUGUAAUCGUUGCGUUUUCUUGUAUAUGUUCUAUGUAACUACGCUUUGGCUUAAAUAUGACCGAUGUAUAGUUGCACAGUUCGAUGUAUAAAUCUGGAUUUACAUGACAUGUAUGUGAGAGAGAUACUGUCGAUAUAAAUGAACAAAACUCAUUGAGACAAAAAAUA